GCACUCCCACCCCUCAAUUUUUCCUAGCCGCCACAGCCAUUCUUCCUCCCUGUCUUCUUCUCUCCAUGGCAGCAAGCCUCUCCCAUGCGCAACAGCAAAUCCCAUGCAGCGAGCUCCUCCCCCAUGCGGUGUCCGGCCACCACUUCUUCACCUGCGCAGGAUCCCCUAGCCCAACCCCUUGCGGCGGGAGCACAGCCGACGUUUCUCUUGGUGCUCAGCUCCUAGGCGCAGAUCCCUACAUGACCGAGCAUCUCCAUGGCUGGCGCUCCCCUUUCCUUGGUGCCCCAUGGCUGCUCGUUCAGGUGCCCUACUCCACCUCGCACAGCGCCUGCUCUUCCCCUACUCGAAGCUUGCCAUGGCGCCCCCUCCUCCCAGCCAUGGCGCCCAAAAAAAAUCCCCCAGCCGAGCUCCCUGUUCCCUGCUCCAUGGCUCGAGCUCGAGUUUCCUCAUGGCGCUCCCCCUGUCCAUGGCUGCCAGCCCUUGCUCCCCUUCGCCCCACUGCGCAGCAGCUCUGCGCUCCACCCCCUGCAAUGGACGCUGCGCGAGAUCCCCCUGGCGCCCCUGUUUUUCCUAGCCGUGCAGCUCCCUAUUCGACUUCCAUGGCCGCCCAGCUCCCAUGGACGCCCAGAAAUUCCAGCAGCGAGCCCCCUUCCUCGCUGUUCGUCGUGGUGCCCGCCGGCUAUUCGACAAAAUGCGCAGCAAGCCGCGCGAUGCAGCAGCCCAUCCGCGACGCCGUUAAAACCCUUGCUAGUGGUCGACGUCGCGCUUUGCUCGUUCGACGAAAUACCGAGCCAUGUGGACAGCCAUGCGCCUAGUCACGACUCGUUCAGGUUGAUUGAUUUAUAGUUUAUAAUAUGUAUGCUUUGAUUGAUGUCGGGCAGUGCAUGUGUAUAUGUGGAUGUGUGUAAUAUGUUUCGGCUAUACGCGUUGGUAGGAUCGCAUUUGCAAAUAGAGAACAAGAGGUUGUUGAUGUGUGCGAUUUGUAGUUUGUCUAAUUACGUUUUGGUCGAUGUGAUGUAUAGUGGUGUUUGACUAGAUGUGGGUAUAAAAUGUUUGAUUUUAUG